UGGAGCCCGCCCCCUUAAAUUGGCUCCCGGGAGCGCCCCGUCCACCAGCCCGACGGGGGGAGAGGCGGAAAGCGAGGGAGAGCAGGCGGCCGGGCGGCCGGCUCCCCCGUCCCGGCCCGUCGCUGCCGGCCCGUCCGCCCCCGCGCACCAUGCGCGGCCCCCGGCGCCCCGCGCCCCGCUGCCCGCGCCCCCGCCGGCCCGCCCGCCCCUGACGCCGCCCGGCUCCAGCGCCUUCCCCCCGGCAGCGCACCGGGGGGCGGGGAGGGGGGAGAAAGGGGGCGAAAGAAGGGGAAAAGGGGAAGGGGGGAAGAAAAAGAAGGAAGAGGGGGAAGGCUGCUCUCCUCUGAGGACGGCGCGCAGCACCAUGCAGCUUGCGCCGCUGGCGCUGGCACUAACCACGCUCUUCAUCGACGGCUUGCGGGCGGGAGGCAGGCGGCAGCGGCUGCACCCCAGGCAAGCGAAGCUGCUGGAGAAGCUCAGCGAGUACGAGAUAGUGACUCCUACCCGGGUGGACGAGUUCGGCGAGCCCUUCCCCACCGAUGUCCACUUCAGGAGGCGGCGGCGGAGCACCAGCGCGGCCCCCGACGCCUGGACGGCGGCGGCCGCCGCCUCCUCCAAGGCGCACUACCGGCUCUCCGCCUUCGGCCAGCAGUUCCUCUUCAACCUGACGGCCAGCUCGGCCUUCAUCGCCCCGCUCUUCACCGUCAGCCUCCUGGGCGAGCCCGGCGCCGAGCAGCGGCGGCUGUACGCGGAGGCGGCGGACGCCGACGUGAAGCACUGCUUCUACCGGGGGCACGUCAACGCCCGCCCGCGGCACACGGCCGUCAUCAGCCUCUGCUCCGGGAUGCUAGGCACGUUCAAGUCUCACGAUGGGGACUAUUUCGUAGAGCCGCUGCUAUCGCUUGAAGAACAGGAGUAUGAAGAAGAGCACAAUAAGCCACAUCUAGUCUACCGACACCGGACACCUCACACCAACUCUUCAGGGGACAGGCAGACUUGUGAUACUCCAGGUCAUGAAAAUAGUCACAAAAAGAGCAAGCGGAAACACUGGAGAAAACAGUGGGUAGAAAGCAGCAUAUUAUCUGACAUGGAGAUGUUAAAACAUAGCCUAGAAGUGAACUCAUUUUCUACGGAGAGCAACAAGACUGGGAACAUCAGUGACAAGAAGAGCCACAGAAGGACAAAGCGGUUUCUCUCCUACCCUCGGUUUGUGGAAGUGAUGGUGGUGGCUGAUAGCAGGAUGGUUGCCUACCAUGGAGCUAAUCUACAGCACUAUGUCUUAACGUUAAUGUCAAUAGUAGCUUCUAUCUACAAAGACCCAAGUAUUGGAAAUUUAAUUAAUAUUGUUAUUGUGAAAUUGGUCGUGAUACAUAACGAACAGGAUGGUCCUGCGAUAUCCUACAAUGCCCAGACAACAUUAAAAAACUUUUGUCAAUGGCAGCAAUCCCAAAACCACCCCGAAGGAAGUCACCUUCAACAUGAUACAGCUGUGCUUGUUACCAGACAGGAUAUUUGUAGAGCGCACGACAAAUGUGAUACUCUGGGUCUGGCAGAGCUGGGCACAGUGUGCGAUCCAUACAGGAGCUGUUCAAUCAGUGAAGAUAACGGGCUGAGCACUGCUUUCACAAUAGCACAUGAACUUGGCCAUGUGUUUAACAUGCCACACGAUGACAAUCAUAAGUGCAAAGAAGAUGGAGGUAAAAAUCAACAGCAUGUCAUGGCACCAACUCUGAACUUCUACACCAACCCCUGGAUGUGGUCAAAAUGCAGUAGGAAAUAUAUCACUGAAUUUCUAGACACUGGUUACGGGGAGUGUUUGCUUGAUGAACCUUCAUCAAGAACUUACACGUUGCCUCAGCAGCUCCCAGGGCUGAUUUAUGAUGUUAAUAAACAAUGUGAGUUAAUUUUUGGACCUGGAUCUCAAGUGUGCCCGUAUAUGCAGAUGCAGUGCCGGCGACUGUGGUGUAUUAACAUUGAUGGAGCACACAAGGGAUGUCGUACUCAACACACACCUUGGGCUGAUGGGACCGAAUGUGAACCCGGAAAGCACUGCCGGUUCGGGAUGUGCGUCCCCAAGGAGCGGGAGGCGCCGGUGCUGGACGGCGCCUGGGGCACCUGGAGCCCCUUCGGCACCUGCUCGAGAACCUGCGGCGGGGGCAUAAAGACGGCGAUACGGGAGUGCAACAGGCCCGAGCCUAAAAACGGUGGGAAAUACUGCGUGGGUCGCCGAAUGAAAUUUAAAUCGUGCAACACUGAACCGUGCUCGAAGCUGAAGAAGGACUUCCGUGAUGAGCAGUGUGCCGACUUCGACGGGAAGCACUUUAACAUCAACGGGCUGCCCACGAACGUGCGCUGGGUUCCCAAAUACAGCGGAAUCCUGAUGAAGGAUCGGUGCAAGUUGUUCUGCCGAGUGGCAGGAAACACGGCGUAUUACCAGCUCCGGGACCGCGUCAUCGACGGGACGCCCUGCGGCCCCGACACGAACGACAUCUGCGUGCAGGGGCUUUGCCGGCAAGCUGGAUGUGAUCAUGUGCUGAAUUCAAAAGCAAGAAGAGACAAAUGUGGCGUUUGUGGUGGGGAUAAUUCUUCGUGCAAAACUAUUGCAGGCACGUUUAACACGGUGCAUUAUGGCUAUAACAUUGUGGUCCGCAUCCCAGCUGGUGCAACCAACAUUGACGUGCGUCAGCACAGUUACUCAGGGAAACCAGAGGAUGACAACUACCUGGCCUUAUCUAACAGUCAAGGAGACUUUAUAUUAAAUGGAGACUUUGUCGUCAGUAUGUUUAAAAGGGAAAUCAAAGUUGGGAAUGCUGUGAUCGAAUACAGCGGGUCGGAUAAUGCUAUCGAAAGGAUUAAUUCUACAGAUCGGAUCGAGCAAGAAAUAACCCUUCAGGUCUUAUCAGUGGGCAAUUUGUACAACCCUGAUGUUCGUUAUACGUUUAAUAUCCCCAUUGAGGACAAAGCUCAGCAGUUUUACUGGAACGCGUACGGCCCGUGGCAGCCGUGCAGUAAGCUCUGCCAAGGAGAAAGAAAAAGGAAGCCUGUGUGUACGAGAGAGUCGGAUCAGCUCACGGUGUCGGACCAAAGAUGUGACCGAAUCCCCCAACCUGAUCCAAUAACUGAGCCUUGUAGCACAGAAUGUGAAUUAAGGUGGCACGUGGCGAGGAGGAGCGAGUGCACUGCCCAGUGCGGCCUGGGCUACCGCACGCUGGAGAUCUACUGCUCCAAGUACAACCGGCUGGAGGGGAAGACGGAGAAGGUGGACGACCGCUUCUGCAGCAGCCAGCCCAAGCCGAGCACAAGGGAGAAGUGCACGGGAGAAUGCAACGUGGGAGGCUGGCGGUACUCGGCCUGGACAGAGUGCUCUAAAAGCUGUGGCGGGGGCACGCGGCGGCGGCGAGCCAUGUGUGUUAACACCUACAACGACGUCCUGGACGACAGUAAAUGCAGUCAGCAGGAGAAGCUGACGGUGCAGCGGUGCAGCGACUUCUUGUGCCCGCAGUGGAAAACCGGCGACUGGUCCGAGUGCCUGGUCACCUGCGGGAAGGGGCAUAAACAUCGCCAGACCUGGUGCCAGUUCGGCGAAGAUCGGUUAAACGACAGGUUUUGCGAUCCCGAAACGAAGCCGGAGUCGGUGCAGAGCUGUCAGCAGCAGGAGUGUGCGUCGUGGCAAGUAGGACCCUGGGGGCAGUGCACGGUGACCUGUGGACAAGGCUACCAGAUGAGGGCCGUCAAGUGUGUGGUAGGCACCUACUUGUCGGUGGUGGAUGAUAAUGAGUGUAACGCUGCAACCAGGCCAACAGACACCCAGGACUGCGAAAUAGCAGCGUGUCCUCCCCAUCCAAAUAGUCCCGAAGCCAAGAGAUCCAUAUCAGGCGUUCACAGGACGCAGUGGAGAUUUGGAUCCUGGACACCGUGCUCAGCGACGUGUGGGAAAGGUACCAGGAUGCGAUACGUCAGCUGCCGUGAUGACCAGGGCUCGGUGGCCGAUGAAUCCGCUUGCUUCCACCUCCCAAAGCCGUCGGCCACGGAAGUGUGCACCGUGACGCCGUGCGGGCAGUGGAAGGCCUUGGAGUGGAGCUCCUGCUCAGUGACUUGUGGUCAAGGUAAGGCAACGCGACAAGUGAUCUGCAUCAAUUACAGUGACCAGCUGGUGGACAGAAGCGAAUGCGAUCCGGAUGACCUGCCCGCCACCGAGCAAGACUGCUCCAUGUCUCCUUGUCAUCCAAACAGCCACGACUACGGCAGGCCCAUCCACCCUUUCCUCUACCCGGACCAUCGGCUCAAGCUGCAGCCGGGAGGCAGCCCGAACCGAAACCGCGCGCACGUGCCAGGAGGCAAUCAGUGGAGGAUUGGCCCCUGGGGUGCUUGCUCCAGCACGUGCGCGGGGGGCUUCCAGCGGCGCGUCGUGGUGUGCCAGGACGAAAACGGGUACACGGCGGACGACUGCGAUGAGAAAACCAAGCCCAUGGAGCAGAGGUCGUGCGAAUCUGGCCCCUGCCCGCAGUGGGCUUACGGCAACUGGGGGGAGUGCACAAAGCCAUGCGGGGCAGGGACAAGAACACGGCUGGUGGUGUGUCAGCGCCCAAAUGGAGAAAGGUUUACAGAUCUGAGCUGUGAAAUCCUUGACAAGCCGCCGGACAGAGAGCAGUGCAAUGUGCAGGACUGUCCUAGAGAUGCCGCCUGGAGCGCUGGUCCUUGGAGCUCGUGUUCUGUCUCCUGUGGAAGGGGUCAAAAGCACCGAACUGUGUACUGUUUGUCAAAGGAAGGGAGUCAUGUAGAAGAAGAUUAUUGCAAGCACCUUGCUAAACCCAAUGUGCAAAAGAAAUGCAGAGGGGGCAGAUGUCCGAAGUGGAAAUCGGGAGAUUGGGGACAGUGCUCGGCGUCGUGCGGGCGAGGAGUGCGGCGGCGCGAGGUGCGCUGCCACGGCGGCUCCCGCGGGGCCGACUGCGACCCGGCCAGCCGGCCCCCGGCCGAGCAGGAGUGCCGCCUGGCCGCCUGCCCCGCGUACACCUGGGACCCCGGCGAGUGGCAAGCGUGCACGAAGACGUGCGGGGAGGCGUCGCGGCGGCGCAGGGUGCUCUGCGUGGACCAGAGCAAGCGGGUGGGCAGCAGCGCCUACUGCGACGCCGCCGCGCGCCCCGCCGAGGUGGAGAGCUGCCGCCUGCCGCCCUGCGAGUACGUCUGGAUCACCGGCGAGUGGUCGGAGUGCUCCGUGACGUGCGGCAAGGGAUACCGGCAGCGCCUGGUGUCCUGCAGCGAGAUUUACACCGGCAAGGACCACUACGAGUACGGCUACCAGAAUACGGUCAACUGUCCCGGCACGCAGCCGCCCAACGUCCAGCCCUGCUUCCGCGGGGAAUGCCCCGUUUCGGCAUCCUGGCGCGUCGGCAACUGGGGGAGCUGCUCCGUAACCUGUGGGGUUGGCGUCAUGCACCGCUCAGUGCAGUGUUUAACCAACGAUGACCAGGCCAGCGGCCUGUGCCACGCGGAUCUCAAACCUGAGGAAAGGAGGACAUGUCACAACGUCCACGACUGUGAGCUACCCAGGAGCUGCAAAGAUGUUAAAAAUCUCAAAGGUGUCGCUGAAGAUGGUGAAUAUUUCCUUAAAGUGAAAGGAAAGACAUUAAAGGUGUAUUGCUCUGGGAUGCAGACUGACAACCCAAAAGAGUACGUGACCCUUGUAAAUGGGGACGCAGAGAAUUUUUCAGAAGUGUAUGGAUACAGGUUACAUAACCCGACUGAAUGUCCGUAUAACGGGAGCCGGCGCGAAGACUGCCAGUGUAGGAAAGAUUACACAGCAGCUGGGUUUUCCACCUUCAGCAAAGUAAGGCUGGACCUGAACACUAUGCAAAUAAUAACAACUGAUUUGCAGUUUGCACGGACGCAUGAUGGACGACCUGUUCCUUAUGCCACUGCUGGGGACUGCUACAGUGCAGCCAAAUGCCCGCAGGGUCGCUUCAGCAUCGACCUUUACGGAACGGGCCUGUCGUUAACGGGAACGGCAAAAUGGCUCUCACAAGGGAAUUACGCGGUGUCGGAAAUUCAGAAAUCCCCAGAUGGUACCAAAGUAGUAGGAAAAUGCGGUGGUUACUGUGGAAAAUGUACUCCAUCAUCUGGAACAGGCCUUGACGUUCAAGUGUUAUAGUAAUGGUUCUCCGCGAGCAGACGGCUGAGAUGAAAUGGAUGAAGGAUAGCGAUGCAAUACCUCUGCCUUCCACUUUUUUUUUUAAUCUGUUUAUGUGUGUAUAUAGAUCGCAUAUUCUUAAUGUACAGUAUAAUAUUUAUGUUUGGAAUUAUUUAUUUUGAUUUAAUAUUUUUGUACGUAAAAUCAUUAUAUUAAGGCUGCUUUUACUAUUUUUAUUUUUUAUUGUUAAAUCCUGCAGUCAAACCACUGCAUUUUACGUACUCUACAUUAUAUGUAGCAUUAUGACAAGUGAUACUUUAUUGUCACUGUAUUCAGUUGUUUACUUUCGAUCAGUAAUUUUCCUUCAGUUAUGGGCUGCUCUGGCCCUUUACGGUGCUACACAAUCUGCAUAGGGGUAUUUUUGGCAUUUCAAUCUGUCUUCGUGUGAGGAGAAUAGACAAGAUGUGCUUAAAUUUUAUUUUAGCGAUCAGGCCGACAGCACUCAAGGAAAACAUGACAACGAAUACAGUGCUAGUUGCAUUAGCAAUCUUUAUCUUUUAGGUAUGUUUUGAAUUUCACAUGACCUCUGUGGCCAGUGCUGAAAGUCACUGGUUUGGUGCUAACAUGGUAUUUAUUAACGCUCUGUAGUUUUAGUUACUUAAAUCCGGUGCCUUUAUCAGCGAGGAGAGGAAGAGAACAGGAAAAACGGUCAGCGCAGUCGGAUGAAUUAAGAUCUACCCCAGGGUUUGGAAAACUCCUGAGGAUGGGUUGUGAACUGAACCCCUUUUUUGUAGGGCUAUUGAGUGAGCUUUCUUUUUGGGGGGGGAAAACCAAAAAACGUGCAUUUCUCUCCUAAUUGCUCCAGCCGGCAGCGGGGGCACUAGCUCACGCGGGAGAGGCUGGCGAGGCCGUCUGCUCCCCGCGGAGGCUGCCGCCGGGCGCCCCUCGUCCCCGGGGCAGCGCCGGCGGCGAGGACCGGUGCCUGCGAGGCGUCCGCGUCUUCCCACGCAGGCGCAGAGCAUCUGCGGCGUGCCAGGCGGCUCGGGCUCGCGCCAGCCAGAUCGCUCUGUACCCGCGGAUCCCCCCGCUUCGAAAACAGGCUGCUCGACGCCUACUCCUGCAUCGCUCCGCGUCCUCCUGCAAAGGCAUCUGCGCUCCCUGCCCGCCGCCGGCCUGCCGGGAGGUGCAGACCUGCCGCUCGGGGCCCGCCGCCUCGCCGCAGCGCGCCGGCCCGGGGGGGAUGUGACCAGGUUAUUUUUGUAGUCUGUGACUAUGUCCCUUAGCUCUUUCUCCGCGUUUUUACUUAGCAAUAGGAAGGUAGCACCCGUCCGCCGUUCGUUUGGGGGCAAGGGGGAGCACAAAGUGCAAGGAAAGGGGGUUUUUAGCCCCAAAAAGGGGGGGUUUAGCCCAAAAUUGCCAGCCUUUGGGUAGACCAGAGGCUUGUCUGCUAAUUCGGCUAAGUCUGAAUUAGGAUGCGACCUGGGGGUCUCUGGUGAGUCUUUUAUCUGCCACCACGCUGCUCCCAUCGCUGGUGGAAGAGGCAUCAGUCGGUCCCCAAACAGCAGGAUCGCUAGUGGCGGCUGAGCAGACCCCUGGGAUCGUGCCCCCGCCUUCGCCAGGCUUUCUUCGCCGUGCAGGAUGAGGCCUGCCGGCUGGAUCGUCAGGCAUCGGCACGGUCGUGUGCACCGGUAGACAGCGAACAGGCGAACGGGGCUGUGUUAAAGUGCAGCAGCUGAAGGACUGGUGCUCUGCGCGUGCUCAAGCAUGUCCCCGCGCGUCUUCGUGACACUGAGAACGAUCUGGGACUAUCUUACUCAUAAUGGUGGGGUUUCUUGGUUUUAUAGUGCGUAAAAUAAGUGGCUAUCAUCAUAUGUUAAAGACUGAUACUUCACCUAUUUUGUAUGCUUAUGGGUAGCAGUAAUAAAUUAAGCGUUUCUGAGAAAAUGCCAAAAAUACCAUUUCAAAGGUCAAAGAAAAAAAAAGGGAAAAGGAGUAGUAAUGGAAUAGUGAUUUUUUUUUUUAUGAUUAUUGCUCAUGUAUAACUUCUAUAGGGGAAAAGGGAAAAUUGCACUAUGAACUUUAGGGAUAAACAGUGGUGCUUAGAAAGUACAGGCAUAUUAUAUUUUCGCUAAUGAAGUGAAUGGCUAUUUAUAAAAAAAAGUAUUAUUUAGACCUGUACACAUUCCUUUCUACCAUAUUGUUUCAUAACAGUUAUUAACAGAGCAAGAGAAACCUAAAAAAAAAAAAAAUUAAAGAAACUAUAAGGGAAAAGUUGAUAGAUCAUGAUCUUUUGAUUCAUUAAUGGGUUUCAUUAAAUAGGAACAAGCUUUGAGGACCAGAGUUAUUAGACAUUUCUUGUUCAGGAAACAAUCCUGGGUCUUGUAUAUCAAUGCCAUUAUUUUUCUACGAACGUUUUUUUUGCAAGCACUUUCCUGUACAGUGUUUCUUUUCUUUCUGAUUAUAUUCAAAAGGAAAUGAAAAGACCUGUAGGACAUGUCUGUAUGGUCUUUCUGCCUUUGCCAUCGUAUUUCAAUACCUGUGUGCUAUUAUAGAGGCAAAAUACUUUGUACACAAGGGAAUAAUACAUGGAAUGGUAAACAUUCA